AUGGAUCCUGCCCAGUCGGGGGACGCCCAGGCAUCCAGCGUUCCAGCAGCCACCGAAGAGCCGAACAACGGAGACACCCCCAAACGUCGCUGGAGACGGAAUCGGAUAGCUUGCGAUUCCUGUCACUCACGUCGCGUGCGGUGCGACCGAGCCUUUCCAUGCUCGCGCUGCCUUCGCAGUGAAAUUCGCUGCGAGUUUACCCGUGAACGGCGCAAAAGAGGACGCAUUGCGCGAUCCCGACUGGUGGAGGCAAAUGGUGGUACCGAUAAGCCGGCCAAGCCUCCAGAGACCCAAGGGUCAGCACUGGCGCCCGCGGAGGCAGGGUCUGGUCCGGUUCCAAAUGCCUCCCCCUCUUCAACAUUCCAUCACCGAUCACCGGCGACAAAUGAUGUGACAGUGUCGGCCCCAAGUAUCGAUGAGCGACGCUCCCAAGCGGAUGUGUCACUGCCUCCUCGCAGGUCAGGAAACCCCGGAAAUGCGACGGAGGAAUGGCUAGCAGGGACGCAUGUUUCGCCGGGCUCCUACGAUCCCUUACCAGGCAUGGGGCCCGGAGAGGGCCCUUUCUCGCGAAUGUUCGAUAUAUGGAAUGGAGUCGAUCUGGCGGGUUACAGCGAUCCCACCUCCCAAGGCUCAAAGAUUACCGGAAUUGGUCAGACGCCAACUCCCUCUGCCACGGUAUUGAAAUAUCCAGUGCUUCAGCCAGUCAUGCCGUAUCUGGAAUCGACUUUGCCUCGCAAGCUAGUGUUCGAUCUCCUCGACCUGUACUUUACAAGCGCCUUCUCGACGCAUAUGCAUCCCGUCUGUCACCAUAUCCAUUGUUAUGUAUUACGAAAGGCGUCGUUCCUCAGUCGGGAUGCCCCCCGUCCUAGCAGCCCGGCCCUUCUGGCCAGUAUGCUCUGGGUGGCAGCGCUGGAUGAUCGCGCAUUCGCUUUGCCGAUAUCUCCACCCCAGAGGAAAAAGAUCUGUCAGUUCCUGUGUGCGCUAACGCUACGACUCUUGCGACCGUUGAUACAUGUGUCGUUCAAGGAGCAAGAAGGCGCUACGGCGAGCGACUCCUUGAAAGCUGCGGUUGGCCAGGAUUGCCCACCUACCACGGUGCAUCACCCAUUCGAAGCUGGUGGCGAUGACCGGGGGUUGGUUGGUCCGGCAGGAUCACUGGACGAUGUAAUCACAUACAUCCAUGUGGCAUCUGUGAUCUCAUCAAGCGAACAGAAGGCCGCUAGCAUGCGAUGGUGGCAUGCGGCCUUUACCCUUGCGCGAGAGCUCAAGUUGAACCAGGAGAUCGAGGUGAUGCCGAGUGAGGAGAGUCACCCGGAGGGCUCGAGCCCGGCAUUUGAUUAUUCGCUUGCGGGAUGGAGUGGCGUUGACACGGGCCCCUUUUUUGAUUACUCGAACCCUGCACGGCCAAGCCUGAAUUGCGUAUGCGACCGAGGCCACGAAUUACGCGGCGCUAUUACGGAGGAGCAUCGCGAAGAGCGUCGCCGGACGUGGUGGCUCCUGUACAUCAUGGACCGUCACCUUGCGCUCUGCUACAACCGACCCCUCGCCUUGCUCGAUGCUGAAAGCGAGGAUCUUCUGUUACCGCUGGACGAAGGCUCAUGGCAGACCGGGAACAUCCAUAGCAACAGCCCGAAAGUGGACGGACCGCAGUGUCCACUGUCAGGCGACAAGACCAAGCGACGCGUGUUCCCUAAUUUCAUCUGCCAUGACCACUCCAUCUUUGGUUUCUUUCUCCCUCUGAUGACCAUCACUGGUGAGUUAAUUGACCUGAACCAAGCGCGUAACCACCCAAUGCUUGGGGCCCGCCUUAACGGGAAGGACGGUUGGGAUGUGCACGUCAGCGAAGUGUUGCGCCAGCUUGAGAUCUAUAAAACGAGCCUUACAACAUUCGCGGCCACCGCGUCGGAUCCCGAUGCGCCUCUGUCCAGCGCAUUCCCUCCCAAAGCCGACCAACCCGUCGACCCUUCCCUUGCUCAGGCUUAUUCAUGGCAUACUCAAACGGUCGUUUCCUAUGCGUCCUACCUUGUGCAUGUGCUACAUAUCUUGCUUGUCGGCAAGUGGGACCCCGUGUCCCUCAUUGAAGACAAGGACUUUUGGACCUCGUCACCCGCAUUCGCCUCGACCAUUUCUCACGCCCUGGACGCGGCCGACUCGGUGGACCAUAUUCUACGGUAUGACCCCGACGUUAGUUUCAUGCCAUAUUUCUUCGGCAUUCAGUUGCUGCAGGGGAGCUUCCUUCUCCUGCUGAUCGUGGAGCGGCUGCAGAAAGAAGCGGGGGAGGGGAUCUUGAAUGCGUGCGAGGUGAUGAUCCGAGCCACCGAAUCAUGUGUGGUGACGUUGAACACAGAAUAUCAACGCAACUUCCGACAGGUCAUGCGGAGCGCUGUUGCUCAGGCGCGGGGACGCCCUGUCAACCACAGCGAGAUCCGGCAUCGCCGCAAGGCCGUCCUAGCCCUCUACCGGUGGACGCGGAAGGGAACUGGGUUGGCCCUUUAG